UUUCCUAUUAUUUGUUGGAGGAGAGAAGUCACAAGAACUAGAAAACAAGAAGAAAACAAUGAGUGAAAGAAGAGGGGUGAGAAAGUACAAUAGAUCAGAGGAGCCAAGGCUACGGUGGACCGAGGAGCUGCACCACCGGUUCGUGGAGGCCGUCCGAUGCCUUGGAGGAGGAAGAAAAGCUACACCGAAGCGUAUUCUAGAGCUGAUGAAUGUUAAGGAAUUAAGCAUAUCUCACAUCAAAAGCCAUCUGCAGAUGUACAGAAGCAUGAGCAAUAACCCCGCAAACUUUCAUUUAUUUCUAUCAGCUAAAGACCUAAAGAAGCACAAGAACUUGCAACCAAGCACUUUUGGCAAUAGCGGAGCUUGCACGUCUCAAAGUUACUGCAAAAAUCCACAACUCAGCAUGAUCAGGUUCCAUUCAGAGGAAGGAAAAAGAGAAAUACAAGAAAGAGCUGUUUGUGAUCUUACGCUAUGUUCUUCUAACUACCAAGAGACCAGUGAUUGGGGUUCCAGUAUCGAGUUUGACACGUUCGAGGAAUCAAGUGGGUGUGAAGACAAAGUUGACAGUAGAAAAGUUAAUCUGGAUCUUACCAUUUCUAUCUAGCUAGUAGAUCAUGUCCACUGCAUUACUGCUUGAGUAUUCUAGGAAUCAUUGUAUUGAUCAGUUUGCAUAUAUGUCAGAAAAAUACAGUGCCUGUGAAGGCCAAUUAAGAUAGAAGUGAGCCUAGACCUGACCAUGUCUUCUGUGUGUAAAUGGAUAUCAUAUUAUCACUGUCUUAUGUAUUGUACUUUGAAGUUCAGCCUAAAACAUUUGUU